AGCGCGGGGCAGCGCCUGGGAGGCGGCACCGGCACCGGCACCAUGGUCCGCCUGGGCAGACUCCUGCGGCUCCUGACUCUGCUGAAGUUGCCCUGCUGCCUGCUGGAGUUGCUGCUCUCGGCGGUGGCCCAGGGGCAGGAGAUGUACGCGCCCCACUCCAUCCGCCUGGAGGGGGACAUCACCCUGGGCGGCCUCUUCCCCGUGCACGCUAAGGGCCCCCCGGGCGUGCCCUGCGGGGACAUCAAGAAGGAAAACGGCAUCCACAGGCUGGAGGCGAUGCUCUACGCCCUGGACCAGAUCAACAGCGACCCGGACUUGCUGCCCAAUGUCACGCUGGGCGCUCGCAUCCUGGACACCUGCUCCCGAGACACCUACGCGCUGGAGCAGUCCCUCACCUUCGUUCAGGCUCUCAUCCAGAAGGACACCUCCGACGUGAGGUGCACCAACGGCGAGCCGCCCGUGUUCGUCAAGCCAGAGAAAGUAGUAGGAGUGAUCGGGGCGUCGGGAAGUUCAGUCUCCAUUAUGGUGGCCAACAUCCUCCGGCUCUUCCAGAUCCCACAGAUCAGUUAUGCCUCAACUGCACCAGAGUUGAGUGAUGACAGGCGCUAUGAUUUCUUCUCACGUGUGGUUCCUCCAGAUUCCUUCCAAGCACAAGCAAUGGUGGACAUUGUGAAAGCUUUGGGCUGGAAUUAUGUGUCCACUUUGGCAUCUGAAGGGAAUUAUGGAGAAAAAGGAGUCGAGUCCUUCAUGCAAAUUUCCAGAGAGGCAGGUGGGCUCUGCAUUGCUCAGUCCCUGAAAAUCCCCCAGGAUCGCAAGGACAAGACCAUCGACUUUGAUAAAAUUAUCAAGCAGCUCCUAGAAACUCCCAAUGCCAGGGCCAUCGUUAUUUUUGCCAAUGAUGAGGACAUAAAGCAGAUCCUUGCCGCUGCAAAGAGGGCAGAUCAAGUUGGUCAUUUCCUGUGGGUGGGCUCAGACACGUGGGGCUCCAAGGUGAGCCCGUUGCUUCAUCAGGAGGAUGUUGCCGAGGGAGCCAUAACCAUCCUGCCCAAGCGAGCGACCAUAGAGGGGUUUGAUACCUAUUUCACCUCCCGCACCUUGGAGAACAACAGGAGGAACGUGUGGUUUGCAGAGUACUGGGAGGAGAACUUCAACUGCAAGUUAACCAUCAGCGGGUCAAAGAAGGAAGACACAGACCGUAAAUGCACAGGACAGGAGAGAAUUGGCAAAGAUUCCCACUAUGAGCAGGAGGGGAAGGUCCAGUUCGUGAUCGAUGCUGUGUAUGCCAUGGCACACGCUCUGCACCACAUGAACAAGGACCUCUGUGCUGACUACCCUGGGGUCUGCCCUGAGAUGGAGCAUGCAGGAGGCAAAAAGCUGCUCAAGUACAUCCGCAGUGUUAACUUCAACGGCAGUGCUGGCACUCCAGUGAUGUUCAACAAAAACGGUGAUGCCCCAGGGCGCUAUGACAUCUUCCAGUACCACACCACCAACACCAGUACCCCAGGCUACCGCCUAGUUGGCCAGUGGACAGAUGACCUCCAGCUCAACAUUGAUGAAAUGCAGUGGGGCAAAGGCGUGCGUGAAGUCCCGUCCUCGGUCUGCAGCCUGCCUUGCAAGCCGGGAGAGAGGAAGAAGAUGGUGAAGGGGAUGCCAUGCUGCUGGCACUGUGAGCUCUGUGAUGGCUAUCAGUACCAGGCUGACGAGGUGACAUGUCUGCUCUGCUCAUACAGCGAGCGGCCCAACGAGAACCGAACAGGAUGCCGUUCAAUACCCAUUGUCAAGCUGGAGUGGCACUCACCCUGGGCUGUGAUACCUGUCUUCUUAGCUAUGCUGGGAAUUAUUGCCACCAUUUUUGUCAUGGCAACAUUCAUCAGAUAUAACGACACUCCCAUUGUCCGCGCUUCUGGGAGGGAACUCAGCUACGUCCUGUUAACAGGGAUAUUUCUGUGCUACAUAAUCACAUUUCUGAUGAUUGCCAAACCAAACGUUGCAGUGUGCUCCUUCCGGCGUAUCUUCCUGGGCUUGGGGAUGUGCAUCAGCUAUGCAGCCCUGUUAACUAAAACAAACCGCAUCUACCGCAUAUUUGAACAGGGCAAAAAGUCUGUGACUGCACCUCGGCUUAUCAGCCCCACAUCGCAGCUGGCGAUCACGUCAAGUUUGAUAUCUGUUCAGCUUCUAGGUGUCUUUAUUUGGUUUGCAGUUGACCCACCCAACAUCAUCAUAGAUUAUGAUGAGCAGAAAACUAUGAACCCUGAUCAAGCCAGAGGAGUUCUCAAAUGUGACAUUACGGAUCUACAAAUCAUUUGUUCCUUGGGUUAUAGCAUUCUUCUAAUGGUUACAUGUACUGUGUAUGCCAUCAAGACUCGGGGUGUCCCAGAGAAUUUUAAUGAAGCUAAACCCAUUGGAUUCACUAUGUACACUACCUGUAUAGUAUGGCUUGCCUUCAUUCCAAUAUUUUUUGGCACUGCCCAGUCAGCUGAAAAGCUCUACAUACAAACUACCACACUUACAAUAUCCAUGAACUUAAGUGCUUCAGUGGCCCUGGGGAUGCUUUACAUGCCGAAGGUGUACAUCAUCAUCUUCCACCCUGAGCUAAACGUCCAGAAACGGAAGCGCAGCUUCAAGGCUGUGGUCACAGCAGCAACCAUGUCAUCACGGCUCUCACACAAACCCAGCGACAGGCCCAACGGUGAAGCCAAAACGGAGCUGUGUGAGAAUGUAGACCCAAACAACUGCAUACCACCAGUAAGAAAGAGUGUUCAAAAAUCUGUUACUUGGUACACUCUUCCACCUACUGUAUAGCUUUUGCCUGCUUUCCAAAAAGGUAUAAAGGAGGUCUAUUCAUAGCUCUCCCUGAAGUAACAGGAUUGAACAUACACGGCAGUGAAGUUCAGUCAACAAAAAGAUCACACCAGCAGAUCUGAUGGGAAAACACUCUUUCUUUUUUUCUCUGCAGAAAGAGGGUCCAUGGCUUGCUGAGAGCAAGUGGAGCAACUUCCUCUUGGAUUUGGCUAUUGGGAUGUCAGUUCUGUGUCAGACCUAGUGGCUUCGCUGCUUUUUUUUUUUCUCAAAGCAAAAAAUCUUUUAUGUUUUUCUUCUUUUUUUUUUUCCUUUGUGUAUUUUUGUGAGAUUAAUGAUAUUUGAAAUCAUCCGAGUUGAGUCUUUAGUGGAACAGCUCCAGGCAAGCAGGUGCAAAGUAUUUUCAGCAGCAGGUAGGACCAGUGGCAAUGGGUUGGCUGAAAGAGCAUUUGUUCACAGACCUACUAAAGAUUUGGUAAGCAAGUUCAAAAGGCUAAUCAUAGUAAUAAUGGAAUAAAGAGACCAGGAAAGCUGAAAAUAAGCAAUAUUACAGGUAAAUGAAGUUCUCAAAGACAUGAAUUCAUGCACUCUGUGCAUGAUUACAAUCAUGAAGAAAACUGUUCAAAGAUUGUAUAGAUAAGAAUAGGAAUAAACCUUGAUGGUAGAAAAUCAUUGUGCUACAGUCAACAGGAUUAUAAAAGAAAUGAUGGCUGUCACACAACCAAGCAUAGCCCAGCAGCUGCCCACUGGUGACAGGCACAUUUAUCUGAUAGCUGUCAUGCUGCUGGUCAAGGUUUUUUUGCAUCUGCAGUACACAGGCACAGGUCUUGUAAUGUCACACAGCCUGUUCCUGUGUGCGGUUGUGUAUCUUUGGUGAUUUUACCCAAGCCGUGAUAUAUUUUGUCACCUUGUGGAAAAAAAACUAUUGAAAAUCUCAGUGUGGCACUCAGAAAUGACAGUGCUGAUGAACUGGAGGAGCAUGUGAGUAAAAUGAGUGUGAGGCACGGCUGAGCAUUCGUCACUGACAUAAAAUAAUACCGUAAAAUGCGAUAGAUAUUAUUUUAUGUUGACACAGGCAGCAAGCAGAAUGCAUUUAUGCAGCAGGGGCCUGGGUUGGUUUGUUUUCUGGGGACAGCAAACAGCAGCAAAUAAAGGGCUCAUAAGAAAUAGGUCUUUCUCAGUGUUUUUCUCUUAUUGCAAAUAGGCACCACUUUCAUACCUGGAAAACUUCACGGAGGGUGUGGGGUGGCUUAAUUGGCUUCAGGAAAGGAAAUGUGGGCACCUCUUUCAGUGACAUAUGGCAAUACAUUAAUGAGGAGAGCAUCCUUUUCUUCAUUAAAAGUAUUUUGACUUUGGGAUGAGAUUGUUGGUUUUGAACUGUAACAGCAAGGAAAAAGGAAUGCUCUUAUUUUCUAACCAUAAUGCGAAAAAGGAGAGAAUUAGGUUCAUGGCUAAAUACUUGUAAAUGCCCAUGAAACAAUGGGCACACAUAAUAGGAAAGAAAGGCAUUCCAGUCCCAGGACCUAUGCUUGGCUAAGUUACUCCUCUGUAACUCAGAGCACUAAGUCUUACCUCAAAGGAGAAUCUGGCACUGCCUCUAGUGAAAUGCCUGUUCUUGCUCUUCAGAGGAAAAAGAAAGAGAAAAAAACACCACAGUUGCCAUAGUUACACCACUUGUCAUGAUGCUUAUCAUGUCUGUGGAAUAAAGAGCCUUAUAUUAAAUCUGUACUCUUAUUAAUAUCAGCUGUUAAACAUUUCCAGGAUAUUUGAAAUCAAGACUUUCUGCAGAAAAAAAAAGGUAAAUUCGAUUGCAGCAGAAUUGUUCUGUUUAACCAUGCAGCUCAGUGUGUAAUUUUGUUAGACACUGUGUUAAAGAGUUAUAUACUUUGAAUAAAUUUUCCAAUUAAUUUAG